GUUGCCUUCUUGCUGGCUGUAGGAACCCAGUACAGCUAUGCUGCUUAUCCGGGCGGCUUUGGGGGCCUGGGGACCCGGUCGGGGCCUGACCCCCGCACGAAGGGCCCUGUCCACGCUGACCGGCGGAGACCUUGCAGGCCCGGAGCAUGGAUCCCCAACCCUCGUCGGUGCCCCCCUGCUCCGCCGCUGUGAGCUCCCAGUUCCCGUUCACCGGACCCCGGUGCAAGCCUGGGUAGAAUCCUUGCAGGGCUAUGAGAAAACUCGCGUGGGCCUUGCCGACCUGCAUCCUGACGUGUUUGCCGUGGCACCCAGGCUAGAUAUUCUGCAUGAGGUUGCCAUGUGGCAGAGGAACUUCAAGAGAAUUAGUUAUGCCAAGACCAAAACACGGGCAGAGGUGAGAGGUGGUGGGAGGAAGCCCUGGCGGCAGAAAGGCUCUGGCCGGGCUCGACAUGGGAGCAUCCGUUCCCCUAUCUGGCGAGGAGGUGGUGUUGCCCAUGGUCCACGGGGUCCAACUAGCUACUACUAUAUGUUGCCCAUGAAGGUUCGAGUGCUGGGCCUCAAGGUAGCCCUAACAGUCAAGCUGAUGCAGGAUGACCUUCACAUAGUAGAUUCCUUGGAGCUGCCAACUUCAGACCCAAGAUACUUGUUAGAUCUGGUUCGGCACCGAUAUUGGGGUGACUCUGUGCUCCUUGUUGAUGUAGAUGAGGAGAUGCCUCAAAACAUUGUCUCUGCUGUAUCCAACUUGAAGACCAUUAACCUGGUGCCAGCAGUUGGCCUCAAUGUUCACAGUAUGCUGAAACACCAGACCCUGGUCUUGACUCUAAACACUGUUGCCUUCCUAGAGAAGAAGCUGUUAUGGCAUGAUACGCGCUACACACCUCUCUACCCAUUCCGCCUGCCCUACAGUGACUUCCCUUGACCCUCCAUGAUUAUUGUGCAGCCAACACCAGGUUGCAUAUCAGAAUAAAGAGUCUUUCAGUUUGA